AUGCAGUCGCAAGGGCUUCGUUCUGAAAAACGUGAGUGCGAGGAAAAGGAGGCAGACGGUGAUGCCCACUUCUUGCGCACUCAGCUGUUGCCCUUCUGGCACCGGCUCUCCUCCACAGGACCCAGCAACAAGGUAGUUUGCGUCUGUGAGGCUCUCCAUGCCUCGGGCACGCGGUGUGCAGAGGCCGUAUCCUUUACACCAUGCAGUCGCAAGGGCUUCGUUCUGAAAAACGUGAGUGCGAGGAAAAGGAGGCAGACGGUGAUGCCCACUUCUUGCGCACUCGGCCACCGAUACUGGAGCGGUCGCAGCCUCUGCCACCCAGCCCGCGAGGUGCAAGGAAGGAUGCAGUCGCCGUCCUCUCGUGGGAGGCUGAAGCCCGCUAGUGCUGCACCAGCUCUCGCCUCAUCAGCCAGCGACUACGUAGCAAGGGAGAUGAUGCCCCUCAGCCCCGCCGCUCAGCAGGCACCUCCGUGGGUUACGUCUCCUUCCCAGGAGGCCGCUCCAGGCUCCCUGCGAGAUGCAGCAAGCUGGGCAGGGCAGCACAGUGUAACCAGGCUGUCCAGGCACAAGACGGCAGCGUCCUGUAUUUCAGCCCCGUUACCCAGCGUUAGCUGCGUCCCUGGUUUGCAGAAACAGUCUAGGAGCCAGGACGGACGCAAAUGUGGAAACUGCUUCUCUGCAAAGCAGAAGCCGUGUUGGCAUCUGGACACCAGCCAGCUGUGCUCCACCACCAAAUCAAUUCUCCCUCGCAGUUGGAAACUCUUCAAGCUAGAUCCUCAUCUGACGGAAAAUGACGUCCGCAAGCUUCAGCAAGCGCUGCAGUAUCUUCAUCAGCGGAGGACGAGAAAGACUGUUCCCUAUGGUCUCGGAGGCCCUUCUCGAUCCAGAAGAUCGCUGAAGCACACGGUGCUGGAGAUGCUCGCUGAACCUAGCAGCAGAUGCCGAUGUGCCAACCAGAAGGACAAGAAAUGUCUGAACUUCUGCCAGACAGGAAAAGAUCUCUGGGCUCAGUCCACAGUGGAGAAAACCUCGCGUCACAGCAACAGAGCUGGCAAUUGCGCUGGACCCAAAUGCGUGAACCGACAGCUUGCUGACAGCAAGAAGAUGAAGCGGCUGGAAGCCAUUGGUAACAGUAUCAAAGCUUCCUUCAGUAUUGCAAAGCUGAAGGCUGAGCUCCAGAAAGGGCGGAAGCUGAAGCACAACAGGGCGAACAAAAGGCAAAGCAUCUGGGGAAGCCUGAAAGCAUCCUAG